GUGUAGGGGGACCAGCAGCAACCUAAGAAAUGACAGGAAUGUCCAGUAACAGGAAGAGCCACAGAUUCUUUUACCCUUCAAGAGGAUCUUCUGGUCUUAGCUACUGUAUACUUCUGACCAACUCAUUCCACUAAAAACGAGUCAUUGGUACACAAUUCGGCAAAGAACCGAAGGGCAGACGAUAGAGAGAUGGCAGCGUGCAACUAUGAGAUAUGAUUCAUAUUUCAUUCACAGGAAAUCACAGGGAUUAUUCCGAUCAGCGGUGGAAGUCACAGACUUUAUACUAUAUGAGGUAUACCCAGAGAAGCCGACUCCCAAGCCAAGGAAGAAAAAAGCAGAUGAAGGGAGUAGUUCUACAGUGCCAACAGGAGAAGGGAAUGAUCCAGUGCGAAAGAAGGUACGAAGACCGAGGAAAAAUAUGGUGGAUGAGGAACAAAGAAGUACUCCUGUAAGAAGGAAGGUUGGCAGGGCAAGAAAGGUGGUGGAUGGGGAAAAGAUGACUUCUUCUGUGGAUGUGCAGAGGAAGGAAAAGGGAAAGAGAAAGAGGAUGGAAGAAGAGGUUGAUCCAUUUGUAAUUAAAUUAUACAGCUGAAAUAAAUUUUGUUUCUUGUUUCUAUAGUUGAUAGAGCAUUUCCAGUAGAAAUUGAUACUUGAACACAAUGACAA